UAAAAAAAGUUUGAUAUGUUUUUCUUUCACAGAGUCCCCAGAAAAGAAAAAAAAAAGGAUAUUUCAGAAAGUGAAAAUCAGAGGAAGUAGAUGCUGUCAUAGGGAAACUAUACUAAAGGACAUUUUGGGAGGAAAACUUUUAAGAUGUGGUGAAGAGCCUGUAUUUUCCCCUGUCUGGUAUAUAGUGCCUUAAAAAAUGGGGUUUGGAGGCGACCUGAAAUAUUCUCAUGAUGCUUUAUUAAAACUGCAAGACUGGGAACUACGACUGCUGGAAACAGUGAAGAAAUUUAUGGUAAUGAGAGUAAAAAGUGAUAAGGAAUAUGCGUCCACUUUACAGAAUCUUUGUAACCAAGUGGAUAAAGAGAGCGCUUGUCAACUGGAUUAUAUCAGCAAUGUGUCCAAGUCUUGGUUGCUCGUGGUACAGCAAACAGAACAGCUGAGCAAAAUAAUGAAGACACAUGCAGAAGAUCUUAAUUCUGGCCCCUUGCAUAGGCUUACAAUGAUGAUCAAAGAUAAGCAGCAAGUUAAGAAGAGUUUUGUAGGUGUUCAUCAACAAAUUGAAGCAGAGAUGUACAAGGUCACAAAGACAGAACUAGAGAAACUAAAAUGUAGCUACAGGCAACUAAUAAAAGAAGUAAAUACUGCCAAAGAAAAGUAUAAAGAAGCUGUGGCUAAAGGGAAGGAGACAGAGAAAGCCAAAGAUCGAUGUGAAAAAGCCACUAUGAAACUUCAUAUGUUGCAUAACCAGUAUGUGUUGGCACUGAAAGGAGCGCAGUUACAUCAGCACCARUAUUAUGAUACUACACUUCCUCUGUUACUUGAUUCACUACAGAAGAUGCAAGAAGAAAUGAUUAAAGCUUUAAAAGGAAUCUUGGAUGAAUAUAGCGAGAUCACCAGUCUUGUAACAGAAGAGAUUGUGAAUGUCCAUAAAGAGAUCCAGAUCUCAGUGGAACAGAUAGACCCUAACUCUGAGUACAACGACUUCAUAGAUACUCACAGGUCAUCAGAAGUUGUUGAACAAGAAAUAGAGUUUGAUACAUCUUUAUUAGAAGAAAAUGAAAACCUGCAAGCUAAUGAGAUCAUGUGGAAUAAUUUAACAGCAGAAAGUUUGCAAGUCAUGUUAAAAACGGUAAUAGAAGAACUGAUGCAGACACAGCAAACCCUUUUGAGCAAAGAGGAACUUGUGUUGGAACUAGAGAAAAAAAUAGAAGAAUCCUCUAAGACAUGUGGAAAGAAAUCUGAUAUUGUACUCUUGCUGAGCCAAAAGCAAGCACUUGAAGAACUUAAGCAAACAGUCCAGCAAUUAAGAUGCUCCGAGGCAAAAUUUGCAGCCCAGAAAGAACUACUGGAACAAAAGGUUCAAGAGAAUGAUGGGAAAGAGCCACCACCUGUAGUGAAUUAUGAAGAAGAUGCCAGAUCAGUGACUUCUAUGGACAAGAAGGAUAAAGUCUCGAGAUUUGAUACUAUACGUCAUUCCAUAGCUGGAAUUAUAAGAUCUCCAAAAUCUAUGUUGGGAUCAUCAUCGUUCUUUGAUGUAAUCUCAACCACUGAGAAACCAUUGGCUGAGCAAGACUGGUAUCAUGGUGCAAUUCCGAGAAUUGAAGCCCAGGAGCUGUUAAAACAGCAAGGAGACUUCUUGGUGCGAGAGAGCCACGGGAAACCUGGUGAAUAUGUCCUUUCUGUGUUUUCAGAUGGACAACGGAGACACUUUAUCAUACAAUAUGCUGAUAAUCAGUAUCGUUUUGAAGGAACUGGGUUUCCUACUAUUCCUCAGCUCAUAGAACAUCAUUACACAACAAAGCAAGUUAUUACAAAGAAGUCAGGUGUUGUUCUGCUGAAUCCUGUUGUUAAGGAUAAGAAAUGGGUUCUCAAUCAUGAAGAUGUCACACUGGGGGAAUUACUAGGCAAAGGUAAUUUUGGUGAGGUGUAUAAAGGAACGUUAAAGGAUAAAACUCCCGUUGCUGUAAAAACUUGCAAAGAAGAUCUUCCUCAGGAACUGAAAAUAAAAUUUCUGUCAGAAGCCAGAAUACUCAAACAAUAUGAUCAUCCUAAUAUUGUAAAACUUAUAGGAGUUUGCACACAACGACAACCUAUUUAUAUUGUUAUGGAACUUGUUCCAGGAGGUGAUUUCCUGUCAUUUCUAAGAAAAAAGAAGGAUGAGCUGAAAACCAAACAGUUGGUGAGGUUUUCAUUAGAUGCUGCCUCUGGUAUGGCAUAUCUUGAAUCUAAAAAUUGCAUACAUAGAGACCUAGCUGCGAGGAACUGCUUGGUAGGUGAAAGCAACAUUUUGAAAAUAAGCGAUUUUGGGAUGUCCCGGCAAGAGGACGAUGGUGUGUAUUCAUCAUCAGGUCUAAAGCAGAUUCCCAUCAAGUGGACUGCUCCUGAAGCUCUCAACUAUGGGAGAUACACAUCUGAGAGUGAUGUAUGGAGCUUUGGAAUCCUUCUGUGGGAGACUUUCAGUUUGGGAGUGUGCCCAUACCCUGGAAUGACCAACCAACAAGCACGAGAGCAAGUUGAGAAAGGCUACCGAAUGUCUGCACCACAAAAAUGUCCAGAAGAAAUAUAUAAAAUAAUGCAGAGGUGCUGGGACUACAAGCCAGAAAACAGGCCAAAGUUCAGUGAGAUUCAGAAAGAGCUGUCUUCAAUCAAAAAGAAAGUGACAUAAUGAUGAAGAAGUGGCAAGCUCAAUGUCUGGGACUUUAUUUUCCAGUGAAGUAAUUUUUUUCCCUCAAACACUAUGCAUUUAUACAGCAUUAUUUGCAAUAGUCUUGUAGGAUUACUUUGAAAUUAACUGAUGUAUCAUCUUGAGUGGUGUCUACACCUGCAUUAAAGAUACAUACUGCAAAAUGCUAUAUAUCCAGGCACAGUAGUACUGUAAUUUAGAUUACAUGUACAUAGCAAAGCACAUACUAUAAAUUUAAGGGACUGUAGCUUCUGUCUGUUUUACAGGAAAUAACUGCUAGUGGCAUUUUUCAGAGGUGUUCUACUUUCAACUGUGCUCUCUGCUUUCCCUGUCCUUUAAGUCAACAUAAUAAUAUGGGAAUUAUCAUACAUGUUGGCCUUAAAACUGAAGACAGUUUUGACAAGUAUUUCAACUAGAAACUUUAUUGUUUUUUAAAGUCUCUAAAUGAUAUAUUUAAGUGAAGCAUGAAGGUCGCUUAGAUUCUGGGUGCAAACAUGCUUACUGAAUGCAGAAAUCCAGAAUUUUCUUUUGUAGUUGAAUUACUUGUUCAUGUAUUACCAUGCAAUAGAAAUACUUCUGACUUUUUAUGUGAUCUACUUAAAUCAUGCCGCCUUUUUCCUACAAUGCCAUCAGAAUUCAGUAAUGCUUCUUUUACAGUGACCUAUGUUUAUUUUAGAAAAAAAACCCAGUAUAAAGUCUUGACGUGCUAAGAAAUACUGCAAACCAUCUGCCUUCCAAAGAAUAUGUAAAAGUAGCAGGCAAAGAAAAAGAGGUUUAUUAAUAGUACCAGCAGAUAACAAAUAUCAUUGAUCUUAGAGGAGCUAAUGAAUGUGUUGCUAGAUUUGCUUUUGAUCCUGKUUUUUUUCCUUAAAUUGGUAAAAAUUCUCAGAAUGCAGCUGGAGCCUGCGAAAGUUUAUUCUAAACAAAAGAACAUUCCCUGCAUAGUGUCCAAAGGAAAAAUACUACUUCUGUAUGGCAUGAGGAAGUUAUUCAAACAACCAAAAAGCAAGAAGUAUGUUUAAAGCCUCUGACAGGGAACAGCAGAGUAGAAAUGCUAACCUUCUAUUUUUCUUACAWAAUUGCAAUCAAAUAUCAAAAGACUGGGGAUAAACAAGGUUUAAAUGCACCAAGAAUAUAAACCUUGUGUUUGUAUAUAUAUACAUAUAAAUAUAUAUUAAGAAAAAAAAAAGCCAGAAAGAAUAAAAACUUACUUGAUAGGGGAGGGAGGAAAGGCACCAUUUGUUUCUUUGAGUCUGGGUCCUCUUUGCAGCUGGAAUUGUUUUCUAGGGCUCUACGUGGAAAUAGGAACAAGUUACAGUGUCCCUGUCUGAGUUCCAGCAUUAAGGUGCUUCAAAUAUUCCUAUGAAUUUACUAAGAUGUUCAGAUCAAGGGAUACCAGUUGCUGCUAAUGCAAGUAAGAAACAGGGAUUGUAAGUAACACAGCAUCUGGAAUGUUAAUUAGCCUUAUAUUUUAGUGUUACAGUGGGGUUGAGAUGUAGUGAAGUCAGUGGCUACAUUAUGUUUUUAUUUCUUUUAGGGUGGCUUUUCUAUUGUCCACAUCUUCUUUUGCUCUCUAAAGUAUAUUUACAGUAGUGCUGAGUGGUGGUUUAGGGCAACGUGUGACCAAAAUAUGUGUAGUCUAGAAGAAUUUGUCUGUUACAUAGGAAUUAGUGUCCAACUGCAACAGUGAAUGAUUGUGUGGRAGCAUAUCACCUGUGUUUGGGGUGGAAAUGCCAGUAUCAGCUGUAAGGAGUGGUGAGUGCUUCUUGCAUUUUGUUAAGUGAUUUUUUUCUUGGAGAUAAGGAAGCAUAUAUAUAUAUAURUAUACACAUACCCAUGAAAAUGUAGUGCGUGGAAAACUUGGUGGCAUAAAUUAAAACUUCAUUAUAAGUGUACUGGAUAUAUUUACUUAGUUCUGUACUUCGAGUAGCCCAGAGAUAUUUUUCAAGAGCAAUAGGAAACAUUCUUGUUAGUUUGUAUGCUUCUAAGUAGUACACAGAGUCUGUGCCUUAAUUUGCUAACACACUAAUGCAAGUGCAAGUGUACUAAGACCUAAGGAAUGUUUCACAAUCAUUUGGGAAAAUCCGAGGUUCAUUCAGCUGUAUUUCCUUAUGUAUGCAUCCCUAAGGUCUGCAAGUGAGGAAACAGUGUCAGCCUUCAUAGCUUUUCUGUGGAAAAAAAAAAAAAUAUUCUUCUGUGAGAGAGAUGGACUGUUUCUUUGCCAUAUGCCCUUUUGACAGAAAAGAAAUACUGCUUUAUUCUGGUAAAAUGAAAURCUGUUCUAUUUCUCAUAAAUUAACCAGUCACCAUCCUGACUCUUGCAAAAAGACAAAAACCAUACUAAGAUUUUAUUCUGAAAUGGUUAACCUCCAUAGAUAUAUAUCACACUUCUGCUUAAAUUUGAAGUCUUUUUAGAACAGGGGAUUUCUACAGCUUUAGAAAUUUUUUUUUACUGCUCCUGAAGUAGGCAUCAGUUCAGUUCAAAACUGGUAACACUUUGGGAGAAUACCAGGAUGGCUUUAUAGGUAUWGAAUAAAUUUCAACACAGGUACAUGUCUCUUCAAUUAUUUAAACUUUUCAUAUCAUUAAUUUAACAGUUUGUGGCAGAACUUGUUUAUCAUGUCUCAGUUGAUUGUUGAAACUAUACAAUUUAGGAAGUGGAAUCCAUGCCUAUAGAUACUAUGGGCUUCUCAUAGUAGAAUCCACAACUAAGCCUGCCAURCCAUGAAAUUUAAAAGAUAGAUGUGGCAUUCCAGAAGCAAAGUUGCAAUAUCUUCUCUCCUUGGCCUUUUGAUGACUUAAUCUUGUCAGGUUAAUCUCACCCUGACCAUUUGGCUCAUGUACUGUGUCUGUCAUAGAGAACUUAAAAAGCAGUUAAUAUUCAGUCUCUUUUGCAAGUGUUGAUUUCAGGUUAGGUUCUUACACUGGCACUGUCAAACCCAGGGGGACCCUGAAGGAAUCCCGAAUUAUUUUACACUGUUAAUGAUAGGAAACUCUGAAUAUUGUUAUCCUCAGCUUGCAAUGUGAGAGGGAAUUCAACAGAUUACCUCUAAUUUUCAUGUUUUUUCUAGGAAUUACAUUCAUCAUUUUAAGAAAAUUGCUUUGAUGGCAAAAAGUGCAUCCUUAGUUUGUUUUUARUAGAAAAUAAGUGUAUAUUAGCUUCCAAAUCCAGUCAUCAGUGAAAUUAUAAGGUUUCCUAAGCCUCUUUAUUUUAUGGAAAGUAAAUUAGUGAAAAGUAACAAGUAUACAAGUUUUGCUUCAGCAAAAGGUGAUCUUGUAGCGUUAGCAUCCCACCAWGUCAUUAUCUUUGAAAUGUGCAUUUUCAUUACUUUCUUUGAAAACCAGUGAACUAGCUUUUCAUUUAACCCUUAUACUGCAUUUUUUCUUGACAAAAAUAUGCCUUUUUGCAGAGUUCCCAAAAACUUUUUUGGAAGUUGAUAUUGGGAAGUACAUCACCAGAAGGGCAUCAGUAAGAACUGCAGCGUGUAAAGCCCAUUCUUACUGACAGAAAGGCGAACUAGUCAGGGAAAUAGUAGGUUAUUCGUACUUAAGCAUUUUUUCAUCUUUUACUACCUAUUAUGCUUUCUUAAAUUCUACAAGCACAUCAUUAAAACUGCCGAUGAAGUUUCCCAUUUGUUAUCUCUUUACAAUUAUUUUGUUAACCUUUUUCCACCCAUAGUAAAGAUAUAGAGAAAGAAAAAGAAAACUCCACAUUUUUCUGAGGUUACGGAGUAACUAAGUCUCAGAAGCAUUUAAAAAUGUCUCCCCUCCCAUUUUCCCAGAUGUGCUGCUGCACAAAUAUUAACAGUAGUGAUUAAAUACUAGCCCUGUUUCCAGUAUUCUUGCUGUCAUACCCUGUAAACRUCAGUGCUACUCACAGACUUGAGAGAGUGAAAUAUUUUAAGACCUAAACUAGUGUAAAUAGUGUCAUCAAACAUUGUAUUUAAGAGCAGCAGUUGUGAAAAUAAUUGUCAUAAAUAAUAACUCGUUACGAAGAUCAAAUAAAGAGAAAGAAGCUGAGAGAGUCCACUUCUGUAACACAUGUCCCAUUUGAAGGCAGUAGAAAUAUUAGUUAUGCCAGUGCACUUGGAUUUGUAUCAUUUUUAUGGCUAAGCAUAAAAUAGAUUACUAUUAAAGAAGAGUUUGCCAGUUAAUUUUUCUUUUUCCCUAAAGCACAAAAGGACUUCAGAUACUGUUGGAAGCAUUCUUCUGAGGCAGGUCAGGGAAGAAUACCCUUACUACCAAGCAAGUUACACACUUUUUUCUUCUUUGAGUGGUUUUCAUGAAGUCCYUCACUUUCAGUAAUACAGGACUUCAAUUAGCAAUUAUAAAGUACAGGGCAAGUCCAGUAUUCCAAACAAYGAGUUUUUAAGAGAUCUGAUAAAUAUGAAAUAUAAUCUCUUUUAAAAAUGGAAUGUAUGUCCAGAAACAGAACAYAGGUGUUAACUUCAUUUUCAGGCAGUUGUAAAUAAUUGGCUGUUUCGGAGCACCAUUUUUUCUYAGGCAUCAUCAAGGCAGGACUUAAGGUAGAAUUUUCAGAUGGUUUAUUUAGGUUGUUUUUUUUGCAAGAUAAAAGGCUAAUUAGGUCACUAGCUACAAGCAUUGUUGUUUUGCAGCUGUUUGAUUUUGUGGCUGUGAGAGGGUAUUUCAUGUAGAGAUCUCAKAUACAUAUGCCUUCUCCAAAUGAAAAAGUGGAUAAAUAAAGCCCUCAAAUGUACCUGACUGAAGCCAUAAACUGAUAACAUAGAAGAGCCAUGAACUAGAUUCUUUCUUCCUCUAUCUCCCAGAAUGUAAGACUUUGUAAAUAAAACUCGAGUUAAUUGGUUUUGUGUUUAUAGAUAAAURUGGCCUCUGAACCAAUAUGAUAACCUAGGAUUCACAUUGAGCAGAGAAGCUCUUUUGGAAAAAUCGUGAAUUGCUACUAUUUGGAACUGUCAUCUAGUUUUAGAAAUACAAGUAUUUAUAAAUAAGUACUUAAAUUAAGUUUUGUGAUUACAGUAAGUGACCCAGCCAUUUAAACUCUUCAACAAUGUAAGGCAAAURGGGUUUUCAAGAGAAAAAUCAGAUCAGUGAGUCCUUCUAAUGUUGAAAGUAUGGGUCAGAACUUUGCAUUACUAAAAAAAAAAUACAGAGUACUGUCUUUUCAGUCAGCUGAGUCUUUCUCAACAUAUGAAGAAUUCCRUAAUUGUUAAGUGCAAGAAGUAAUAGAAGGUUCUUGCAUUACUGAUGUGUAAACUACUUGRCUCUGAGCUGUUGCCUCAGUUCAAAGACUCUUUCUACUUUUUAAAGAGGGCUGCAGUAAGCUUACACUUUAGCUGCACUCUCUGCUCUCUGCUUAUUAAGCUGUACAGUUGCAUCUCCCAAAUAUUUCCUAGUUCUGAAGGCUCCAUGUACCAUAGAUGGCACCCUUUCACUGGUGACAGAAAAGUCCAAAUAUACCCCUGCUUAUGUUUAACUCAGAAAUAUUGUGGUGCUGUUACACCUUGAUGCCCAGGUAAUGUGUUCGUAUGAAAACAGAAAAAAUCAAGGUGAAGCACAUUUUUCAAAUGACAUUUUUAAUUAAAUUUCAAACCCUUUCUCUAUCAUGACUUGUCCACAUCCUGAAAGAGAUCAGAGGAACAACAUUUUGACUGUCUAGUGUACAAUACAGAACUUCCUGCUCCACUUAGGGAGAAUUAUAAAAACAAAUGUGCUCCUUGACAUUUUGCUGUCAGGCCAGAUUGGAACACUGUCUUCAAAAUCAACAGCAAUGAUUUAACCCAAGCUUUGUUGUGAACUUCCUUGUUCUUAACAGACCUUUUCAGGUAGUAUUAAUUUUCAUUAUUGUCAUCCGUUUUGCUUUCUGAAAUUUGACUUCUCUGUGUCAUACAGCAUUUGCUUACAGUGGUAAUUAUACACAUCCCACUCACCACGAAGUGCUGAGACCUGCAAUUCCAGAAGAUUGGCAUUAUUGUUGUGUACAGGGACCUGAUCUUGCACUGSGUCUCAAUUGAUACAGCUUGACAUGUUUAUUUCCACUGUUAAUUGUACCAUUACCUGCAAAUCACGAGUUAACUUGUUUUUCCACCAAGCUUCCCACGUAAUUUUCACAAAAAUGCUGAAAACAUGUAACAGGGAAGAGCCCCAUGAUAAAGGCUCGUCACACAGAGCACAAAAGACAGGCAGAGUCCUACAAAGAAACACUGAGGAGUGAAAACCAACAUUAAACACCUGCCUUGUACCUCCUGUUAAAGGAUAGAAUAGUUAUAUAUGUGUUCAAAUGACUUCUGGGGAGGAAACGGGCUGGGGUUGUAGGACUGCUGUUUUUAAAAUUGCAUGUGUUGCUUUUCCUUUGUGUAACUCUUGGUAGCUGGAGAUGGUGCAGGGUGUUGCAAAGGAGGGAAAUUCAGAUCACUGACUUACCAUCACAAGCAAGAUUUUUGACACCAGUAGCCUUAGGUGGGCGCAGAUACUGUUUGCAGAUGUCUUUGGAUAUCUACUCAAUUCUCAAUUUUGUGCCAAAACAUGCACCAGCAAGUCUAAUGUCAGGUAAAGCACCUUUUAUGCUCUUUGUUGUUUAAAAAUAAUAUAUUUGUGAAAACAGAUUGAUAAUACAUAACACUGGAAAUGGGUGCUUCUUCCCUAAAGUACAUGUUAAAAAAAAGGAAAUAAAAGAAACAACAUUUGUGAGUUUAUCUGGCUUUUAAUCAAGUCUGAAAAUUGUAACUAUGUUAUGCUGUUGCCAGUUGUCGGUCCUUUAUAAUUUUAAAUAGAUCUGCAUUUUAACUUUAUUUAUUUGCCAAUUUUUAUAUACUUUACAGUAUAAAUAUCUAAAGUUACACUUUAGAUCUCAAGCUAACUUUUUAUUUUCCUAGGCUGUUAUAUAACAGAUUUUCAGUAUUCUUGUGAACUGCAGACCCUUUUCGAACAGUCCUUUGUCUUCUCCUUUGGACCAGUUACCACUAAUGCAUCUGCAGUCCCCUUUUUACUGUACUCCUCCAAUAAAUGUAAAAUAUUUGUAUCAAGCUGUCUCAUCUUAUUUAAUAUUUACAAGUUGUGUUUCUUCAUUUACUUCUGUAAUAAGUGGCAGACCAGCUCUAGUAACAUUGCUUUUGGAAAUAGACGCAAUUCAAAGUACUCUGCUUCACACAGUGAGGAAAAAACCCAAUUUUUUUUUUUUUUUCAGUUUCUGGAGAUAAUAUCUGUAUGAUUCUCACUCACAGUUUCAUAUUUACUUUGGUGUUCCAUUUGCAUAUCAGAAGAUACUGAAGCAAAGAGCAACCUAGGGGAAAGAAGGGAAAGGAAAUGUUGAAACAGGCUGAGAACUUUGUUAUAAGAACAUUAUUAUGCAUUAAAAUACAUAAACC